AAUGCUGCCUGUCAGUCAGUCAAACUCAGAGCAGGUCAGAAAGUGACCUGAACAGCUGAUACUUUUUAACGUUACCUUCUGUAACAUCAUAGACAACAACACAACCAAGUGUCUAGUGUUACAGAUAGUUAGCAGAGUUAGUUUACAGGUAGUAUGGUAAAGGGAUCAGCUGCUGGAGGUUCUCUGUGGUGGGGCUGUAAACUUGCUCUCCGCCCCCAGACUGAGUGUAGCUAGGCUAACAGUAAGAGGCUAACCGGAUCCUGGAGGUCGGUAACUUAUUCAGCUGCUUCAGGCUUUACCAUGACAGCUGUGUCCCGGCGACACUUUCAUAUUCACUGUGUACGAUAGACAGCCAGAGCAGUAUGUCACUUUGGCUGAGGAUUGUACUCAAGAUAAUGUUAGCUAGCUGAAACGUCGUUAGCUGUAGCAAAACAAGAGCUCCAGAGUCAGCUGACAGUCUGCUGUGAACACAGACCACAGAUCAGGGAUGGAUCAACUCAAAGUAAAGGACCGCAUUCUGGAAAAUAUCUCCAUGUCUGUGAAGAAGUUGCAGAGUUACUUUGCAGCCUGUGAAGAUGAAACCCCGGCAAUCAGAAACCACGACCGGGUUCUUCAGCGCCUCUGUGAACACCUUGACCACGCUCUGCUGUACGGGCUGCAGGAUAUCUCUUCAGGCUACUGGGUCCUGGUCCUUCACUUCACCAGGAGAGAGGCUGUCCGACAGAUAGAUGAGCUCAAGCACAUAGCAACUAACCUGGGACGAAGCCGAGCUUGGUUAUACCUGGCACUGAGUGAGAGUUCUUUAGAGAGCUAUCUACGCCUCUUCCAGGAGAACCAAGGGUUACUACAGAAGUAUUACUUCAAGAAUGCACUAGUCUGCAGUCAUGAUCACCUCACACUAUUUCUCACACUGGUGUCCGGCCUGGAGUUUAUCCGUUUUGAUCUGGAGCUGGAUGUGCCCUAUCUGGAUGUGGCCCCAUACAUGCCAGAAUACUACAAACCCCAGAACCUGCUGGACUUUGAGGAAAGGUUGCCCAGCUCUGACAGCUUGUCCCUGCACUCCUUCACCUCCCUCACCUCCACAAACCUGGAGUGGGACGACAGCGCCAUAGCCCCCUCCAGUGAAGAUUAUGAUUUCGGUGACAUCUUCCCCGUGUUGCAGUCAUUGCCAAGUGCAGACUGGGAAGAGGGAGACCUGACCGACCAGGCCAGCUGCCCGCGAUCCAGUGGCUCUGAUCCACAGACGGUCAUCAGCGACACCGUGGUCCUCCCUGCAGGCCCCGUCAGUGUAAGGGGUGCAGCUCAUCCCUCCGCUCACAGCCCCACUUUCAGACACAACCCCUUCAAUGAGGACUCAGACACCAACACUACCAACACCUCAGCCGACAUCACGCCAGUUCACGUGGCCAGCCGCCAUUACACCAUCACCCCCACUAAUGGAGAUGACGCAGAGAAUGCCAGCAAUGAGCUGGAGGUUAUCAGGAUGGCCAGGCGGAAGAAACCAGCCAAGAAACGUCGAGGGAAGGGCUCUACAGAUUCUAGCAGCAGUAUUCAUAACUCUGUCUCCUCUGAGCAUGUAGAGAUAGACAGCGGCCUCCUGGUCUCAGAGGAUGCAGAAUCAUUAAACUGCUCCGCUUUCCACCUGGAAGCAGACGGGGAUGUGAGGAGAAGCAGGGUGGGAUCAGAGGUUGUUGAGGAAGGAGAUGAAGAUGGAGUGGAAGGCCUCCUGCGGCUACCACAGAUGACGGACACCUCCAUGGACACGGUGGGCCAACCGCUCCGUGAUGUCAUGGAUCGGCUAAAUGGGGCUCUGGACAGGGAGGAGGAGCCCUGGGAGCAUCUAGAGGAGGAAGGAGAGGAGAAUAAGAAUAAAGGCUGUAACCACGGCUCUGAAUCCCCUCCACAGCAGCCCUUUCGAGAGGACACAGGGGGCGAGCCACCUGACCGGGCCCAGGGAGAGAUGUGUCUCUCUCCACUUGCCACAAGCCCCAAUUUCAUGCAAGCCUCCUCCACCACAUCUACAGACUUAUGCUGCUUUACCCCCAACAGUCCAAACUCUGCUCCCACGUGUGGUGGCUACUAUGACAUUACAGGGCAUUGCCAGUCGCAGACUCUUUCAGGUGGCCUUGAUGAUGAAGAACAGGCAGAAGCGCCAGCAGGACAGAGACCAGACAUGAGGACUCAAGAGAACACAGAAGAAGGAAAGGAAGCAGAUUCAGAAGAACUACAAGAGGAGAGGCUGAGUCCCUCUGAAAGCUCUCAUCCUGCAGAGUUUAAGGUGGACAACAAUCACUUGCUUCUUCUCAUGAUUCAUGUAUUCAGAGAGAAUGAGGAGCAGCUCUUUAAGAUGGUGAGAAUGAGCACGGGCCACAUGGAGGGGGAUCUACAGCCGCUCUACCUGCUGCUGACUGACUGUUACAUUUACCUGCUUAGAAAAGGUGCAGCAGAAAAGCCCUACACAGUGGAGGAGGCUGUUUCUUAUAAUGAGCUGGACUAUCUAUCAGUGGGCCUCGACCAGCAGACUGUGACGGUGGUUUGCACCAACAGACGAAGAAAGUUCCUGUUGGACACAGCUGAUGCUUCUCUGACUGUCUGGUUCCUGUCCGUUCUGAAGUCCGCCAUGGUAAAGGGUUGUCGUGAGCCUCCUUACCCCUCUGUUUUGACUGAUGCUACCAUGGAAAAACUGGCUCUCACCAAGUUUGUCUCCCAGGAAUCUCACUGUGAGGUACCAGAUGUGUCUAUCCAACUGUAUUCACUGGUUCAUUGGGAGGAUCCUAUGGACAUGGCUUUGUCACCCCAGGGUGACCCAUUAAGGUCAGGGGUACCGGCCAGCACCAAGGAGGGAACUCUGCAGUACCGGGCUGGAACCACUUACCUGGGCAAAGAGCUGUGGAAAGGCUGCUACCUCGUCCUCAGCAACGGGAUUCUGUACCUGUAUUCAGAAAGAACUGACGUGACACCUGUGAUGUCGGUCACUAUGGGAGGAGAACAUUGUGGCGGCUGUCGGCGUUCAAACAGCACGGAGCAUCCUCAUGCCUUCCAGGUCAUCCUUACAGAGCGGCCUCCGCUGGAGCUCAGUGCGAACAAUGAGCAAGACAUGGCUGAUUGGAUGCAGCUUCUCUGUCAGUCCGUCUCUAAAGGGGUUAUACCCCAAGGUCUGGCCCCCACGCCUUGUAUCCCAUGUUGUCUGGUGGUGACAGACGGGAAGCUGCUCACUUGCCAUCAGGACUGCCAGACCAGCUUUUUCCGUUCAUUGGGCAGCGCCGACAUCUGUGAUGUCACAGCUGUCAGCCUGGAGGCCAACAAGGAGUACUGUGUCAUUGAGUUUGCAGCAGAUCGGACCGCGUACCUUCCUCCAUGGGUCUUGUACUUCAGUGGCUGCGAUGAGAGAGAUCGGCUCUUGGGGGCGUUGGAUAACACAUGGAAGGCUAUUUACCAGGUUAACCUCCCCCACAGAGGAGUGUUGGAUCCAUCCGUGCAGAAGCGUUGUGGCGAGGCCCUCGCCCUGAUGAACAGUGCCUGGCAGAGAGCAGACAGUCUGGCUCGAGGCAGAGCCCAGCGUGAACCCUGGUGCUGAUGGACACACAUACACGCACAGAUGCACGUAUACAUGAAGCUGUGGUUAGCCUCUGAGACAGACAGAUAGAGAAGCAGUCUCGCAUAGCUCUGGUAUAGCCGGCUUUAACUCUGACACAGCUGUCACUACAAACUGUGCAGAGUUCUGAGCUGACAGACUGAAGUAAACCAAUCACAGGAGGUUAUUGGCUGUAUUGGUGUAUUACAGCAUAACCUUGUGUUGCACCCCUGAUUCGCUGUUUAAAUCUUUAUACUCUAGGAGCUGCAGACGUAGAGAAACACAGCCAUCCAGUGACAAUUAACAUUAUUACGUGGAGUGAGAGUAUACUGAGUGAGCAUACACUAGAAUUCUGCGACAGACAUUUGCGUGACUCCUUUAAGAGAGAUUCUUUAAAAAUAAUGGAGACUCAGAAACAAAUGUAUUGAAUAAAAGGAAAGUGAUGAUGUGAUUUGAAGGAUAAAGCCUUGGAGGAAACGUACAAACAACGGUUGUGUAAUAGUUCGACUAUAAACUUGCCCUGCUGAGUGGGAAUUGAACCUCUCAUAGGUAAAUGUUUUCUGUUUGGGAGAAAAUGUACACUGAAUACACAAAAUAUAAAAAGCAUUUAGAACAUUGAGAAGUCUUAGUUGGGACAAAGACGGGGAGUCAUAUCUGAUAUCUUUCCUGUGCAGUGAGGUGAGCAAAUUAAAAAUGACACAUUUGAAUUUAAAGAAUAAUUUCUGUCAUCGAAAGCCAGACUGCUUGUAUUCUUUAAGAAAGCCAUAUAUAAAGGGGGAACUUACUGCUUGUUCACUUUACAGUCCCUUGCCUUGCACAAAGAAGUGCACUUCCUUCUGCACAACUUCAAGAAGAUACCAAUCACUCUUUGCUUGCUAACAGUUAGCAGACGCUCUGCUGAACCCGUACCGUGGCGCAUUUAUAAAAUCGAAUGUACAGAGCUGUACAGCAUCAACACUUAAUCACUGACAGUCGUUUAUUUGUCUGCUACUCCGUUUUGGUUUUGUCACACGGCUCAUACCUCUACACUGAUUGAAGAACGUGGAUGUUUAACACUUGCACUGUUACAUUAUAUGCUCAUACCUGUGUUGUCUAUCUGAGGUCUUUCUCCAACAGUCUCAGUCGUCAAAAGUCGUCACUCAGAUACAAAUAUCAGGAAAUGCAUCAGACUUGCCUUUUUACUCCACUGCGCAGAGACGAGUGGAGCCUUCCAUGCUGAAUUGCACAUUGUUAGUGUUUUUUUUUAAAGGUACUAGUUUGGUUUUGUGUUUAUUUUAUAACGUGCUCAUUCAUUUCCAUUUUAGAGGAAGUGGGAACAGUUGUGACUAAAAUAUUCAAAUGAGUAGUAACAUGUAAGUGGUGUGGUCCUACUUUCAAAGGAUCACAGACCGCGUGAGUAAAGAACCCUUCACUGACUGAGAGCUCCAGGUUUUUUGGACUCUACAGGUUUAUUUCACGCCACAGGCUUGUGUAAUAAAGACGUCUCUCUCUGCAUCAGUCACACGUAGUGUUUAAGGACCACGUUUAUGGGUUCAGAAGCCACAUGAAGGGUGUCCACUGAAGCUCAUGUUCUCGGCAGUAUGAUGCCUUUUAAAAAGCCUGUGAUAUCAACUACAAUUGAAUCUUAGGAACAUGAGUGACUAUCCAUGAAAACACUUUUGUAGCGUCCCUUUAAAUAAUAGAACUAAAGGAUGUAUUAUAAUCUGUCCUCCACAUUAACACGGAUUAGUGACGGUGUGUAACAGCUCUCAUAUAGAAGAUGAGAUAAGUGAGAGAAUUGUUUUGCAGUGACAAUGUUAAUGCCUUUUUGAUAAUCUUUGUGAGCAGAUUUCUGUGUAGAAAUGCAGAAAAAAAGAUGUUGGUGUGGGAAGAAGCAUUGACCAAUCACUUUCCAUUGGGCUUUGGGUUAAUAAAAGAAAACUGUUCAUGAAGAGAGGCGACACUGGCCAAAAUGCAACCCCAGAACACAUCAGCUACCAUAUUUCUUCAUCUCUGUAAAGAGACAAGAAGUUUUGAUACCCUUCAUCCAUUAUCUGGAUAUUCACUCUAUGAACUGGCAGCCCUGAAAUAAUGUCUGUCAUCCCCAGAGGCUGACUCUACUUCAGACGCUCACUGAUGGCUCUUAGAUUGCCUCUCAGGCAGACUGAAUUUAAAGGGGCCUAUUCGCCAAAUAAACUGACACACUGUUGUAUUUUUGUGGAGCGGGUUGAUGCUGGUUUCUUUUAAUAGACAAGUCAAAGUGUAUGUGAGUGAUGGGCCGGUUAUUAAAACACAAUACUUCCUGAAUACAAACAUAAUGGUGAAAUGUUGGGAUAGAAAACUGCAGAUCAGAUAUUAAUCUGAUGUUUGAGCUCAGACAGGUCUUUGUGGGAAACUGUGAUUGUAUUCAGUAAAGUGCGGGGAAAUCUGGUUAGAUUAUUCCUUCUAAAUCGAAGAUAUUAAACAGGCACCCUUGUGGACAACUUCCCAACAACACUUGCUCCGUACACACGUCACUUUAUUUUUUACAAAGCCCUGUGUUCCUCCUCAGAUACACACUGUGUUACUCCAUUAAUGAGCUUUAAGCUUUUCUAAGUGCCACUUGGUCUCUUGCAUCUUCUGCUCUUUCUAAAGAAAUCUAAUCUCAGGUGAACAGAGGUACUUCACAUCACACACCUUCAGACUCACCUCCUGUUUUUGUUUUAAUGUGCUGCUGUUUCUAUUCUUUGAUGUCACUUUUUAAACCCCCUUUUUUCUAUAUUGGUUCCUCCCUUGUUUGAUGCAGCGUUAUGAAGUUAUGUUGCGCACACGGUAGACGGCUGCAAAAUGUGGGUAAAAUGUUUCAUGGAAAACUCUAAAUAUUUUAUUGAGUCCCAAAUUAGGAUUGGUCCUCUGUCCCAGUGGAUGACUUCAGGUCUUUUUGACCACGGAGAGUAAAGUUGCAAUAGUUGGACUUACUUGAAAUGCUUGUUGGAUUAUUCAUUUAAAAGAGAACUACUUAAUGUGGCCUAUGAAGUGUAUAUUAAGAAAGAGUUGACAUUUGUGAGCUGUGUGUUGAAUGUGGGACAUUGCUGGCCAAUGAUGCAAGACAUCUUUGAUUUUGUUCAUCUGUGUUUACCGCAUGUCAUGUUUGUAUUUUGUUUAGCAGUUUUGUUGAAUUGUAAAUAGAGCACUAAUCAGUAUAACAUACUGUACACUCACAUACAACGUGCAUGUCCAGAAGGUUUUAUACUGUUCAUAAUGUUAAUGAAUGUACAAAAAGCCUUGGUGAUUGGACGGCAUAACUGAACAGAAAUAAACAGAGAUGAAAAAAUC